AUAAAGAUUUAAAAUCCUCGAAUGGCUCAAACGCGGCAGUAGCUGGAGUGAGUAAAACAAAAGUGCAGGCUCUGAUGUAAUUAUUACCAGCUGUAUCAUUAGGGGGUGAUUCCGAGAUGAACUUGGCGCCAGGUCAGGUAGCCUUGAGUUCUGUUAACAACUGUGUUCAGAGAUUAGUCGGAUGUAACAAUCACCUGAAAGGGGAGAUUAAAGGGUCUCAAUGGGAUCCUUUGUUCUCGGCCUCAUUUGAUGCUUUGGGGCCAUUUCAAAUCACGUCGCGGAGGAGCUUUAAAUAUUUGGAGACCCAGGGGGAUGGUUAGUCGGCCUGCUGCGGCGAGGAAGGGCUCUAAGGGGCAAAGGGCACGGAGGAUGGAGAAGGGGUCUUUCUCGGUGGAGUGGCUCGCUCAGAGCAGCCAUGAGAAAGCCCAACCUGCAAGCGGGGUGUCUUCCACCCACCACCCGCCGCGGGGCGACCAGUCCCUGCCCAAGAAUGUAGCCAGAGCCCGCGCCAGCGGCGAUCAAGAGAAGAGAAACCCAGCGCUUACCGGGCCAAGCACUAGGGGCCGAGAGAGGCCGCCUGAGGGCGCCCGGCGGAGUCCGGGAGACCAAGCUGCCCUGGGGGAGCUGGAGGAAAGUGGCCCAAGCAGCGCCGCUUCCAGCCCGAAGGAGGCGGAAGCAGGCGGGGAAGGCAGCGGCUCGGAGAGCUCCAGCUGCACCCAGGCUGGGCGGCCCCGCACCAAGUUCUCGGCCUCGCAGCUGCAGGAGCUGGAGAGGAGCUUCCGCGAGCAGCGCUACAUUGGGGCCAGCGAGAAGCGGCGGCUGUCCAAGGUGCUGAAGCUCUCCCAGACCCAGAUAAAAACCUGGUUCCAGAACCGUCGUAUGAAGUUCAAGCGACAGACCCAAGAUGCCAGGAUUGAAGCUCUCUUUUCAGGCUUACUUCUACCUUAUCCUUACCCAGAGAUCCAGACACCCAGUUAUCCCCCUGGGAUGGAGUUCAACGUCUCCUCUGCUGCUGCUGUGACCUGUUCCCUUCACCCAGCUAUGCCAAGCCCAGCCCUGCUCCUGCCUCCUGCUCCAGCUCAAUCUCUUCAGGCAGUUGUGCCAGCCCCAGCCCUGCUGGUGACUGCUGCUCCAGGAUUUUCUUAUCAGUCUACAAUUCCAACGGUCUCUCUAACCCAGGAUCAUAAUAGACUGAGAUUCCAACCAUAUCUUCCUCCCUCUUAAACAUGAAUAAAAGUGCUCUGAGCUGCGAAAUGAACUUUUUAAAAAUGAACUACCUGAAAUCAUGAAGAGUACUUAUUUAAUUUAACUUAUUUUUAUUAUAGUCAUUAAAUAUUAGUUCAAUAUUUCAAAACUUAAUUUUUUGGUUAUUUUGUUUUUAAAGCAGUGUUUUUAAAGGGACACAGUCAAGUACAGGUUCAAAACGGUAAUUAGAAUAGGCUGACAAAUGGUAGAGCAAGGGGUUGAUAUUGCAAAAAUUCUGCUCUCUUCCCCCACCCCACACAUGUUGCCAUUAAAACUUCAAUGAAAACUGUAAGUCUCAACCAACUCUGGGAAUAAUGUUGUGGGAAUAUAGGAGUGAUUUUGCUCUGAUUAUUAAUUUGUAAUAACCCAACACUUUAUCAAAAGUUAUAACUGUCUCUGCAGAAACAGCAUCACUCAACCAACUGUUGCCUACUGAAUCCUAGUUGCAGAAAUAUUAAUCUAUUAUAAUAGCUCAUGUAGUUCAUAAGAGUGUGGCAGGGAUGGUGGUGGAAUUGUUUAACAAGUGCAUGGGGGGACAUUAGGGUGUUUUUAAUUUCUAAGACUAGUACUUUACCAGAAUUCACUAGUCAAAAUAUUAACACUUGACAAUGUCCCUUUAAAAACAUUGUCAAACUACCUCUAAGGAAACUCUUGUAAUAAUUACAGUAAUGGGAACAAUUGACUGAAACAGGGUGUGUGCUUGUGAGUGGCAAACACAGAAGUUCAAACAACUAUAUGGGACUAGGGAGGACUAUUGUGGCUUUCAUAAGUUCAUUUGUGAGUAGAGGCACCUUGUAAUUAAAUAUUUUCUUGGAAAACUAAAACUGUCAGAACUAACAUCCAUUUUCUAUGAAAUAGCUACACUAGCAAGCCAGAAUGUCUCUCGUAAUUAAUACUUGUUUCCUUAUAUUUCAUGGAACCAAAUCUUUUACUCAAAACUCCUAUUUCAGGGAUUCUUUCCUAAAUAAGGACUGCAGGAUGUGUUCUGCAGUGUAAUCUCAGAUAAUUGCUUGGUGCCUUGUGAAUUUAAGAUUUGAGCAUUGCAAAAUUUACAUUUUACAUUAAUUUUAAUAUUCAAAUUCCACAAAUAGCUAGUCAUUUACAAGUGUCAUUCAAGGCCAGUUAACUUCAGGAUGUUACUCACAAAUUGUUUCUGUGUAUACAUAAUAGAAUAUAAACUGACUCAGCAUGUGUUUAAAAUAAAAGGUGACUUGUUUUAUUACUCUCAACUUCAUGGCAGUUGUUUUGUAAUAUGAUAACUCUGGAAGGCUCUAUGUGAUCAACUUCAAGGAAUGGUCUGGGAAGGCCAGAACUAUUGAUUGUGGUGCAAAAUAGAACACCAGAAAAACCUGACUAACAAGAACAAGCUGGUGAUGCAGGCAAAAGAGCUUAGUAGCCCUCUUGCUUCCUGCUCAAACCAGUGACAGCUGCUUCACUCCCUGCCUGGGUCCUGAAAUGAGAGACUUACAAGGAAGGCUAGUGGGGUUGGGAAGAGGGGCAAGAAAGCUAAUUUGCAGGUAAGUAGUGGGAACUGGAGACCUGGAGGUGGAAAAUGGAUGGGUAGGGGACAAAGAAGGUAAUGGAGGGAGGAGAAAGUGGGAGUGGUGAGGGAAGCAGGGACCCCCGUAUGGGGAAAAAAACUGGGCUGGUGGGUAAGGAAGGACUCAGACUGGAGGAGAAACAUGGACCGAUCUCUGGCAUGUGGUGGAGGGGACCAUAGCAAACAUGCAGAACCAACCAUGAGCAAGGGGUGAGGAAGGCUUACAGAAAGUCCCUGAAAUGGAUGGGAAAGUAGCACAUAAGGAGCUUGUGUGAGAUGAAAGGAUUCUCUACUGCAUGAAUACCCUUAGCCUAGAGAAGCUAUGGAAGUGCAACUCUUUCAUCCAGGGUCAUGACUGUGAAGUACCAGCAUUCUGACGUUAGAGGUCACCUAUGGCUCACAACACUCCUUUCCUUUGUUUUGCCUAUGGGAACAGUACAAACAACUAUUUACUGUUAUCGGUUAAGGUUGCUCAACUGCAUACACUAACAGAGCUGUGACAAGAAGUAGGCAAAAAGUUUCUAUCUUCCCUGCCCCAGCUUUUUGUUUCUGGCAAAAAGUGCAAAUUCAGAAAUGCAGGUUUUGUGAAUUCAUGCCAGUUUGCCUGAAUUAUUAUAUUAAUGUGAUCAAAAAGCCUCAAGGCUUCAACAUUUUUGAAAUUAAAUGUUUUUCUGGCUCAAAAAGACUAAAAUUGAAGUAAACUUCAAAACAUUAAAAAAUUAUUUCAGCUCAGACUAAGUGUUUUAUUUGACCCAAAAUGAUUUAUUUAAAAACAAACACACCAAAACAAAAAUAUACUUUGAUUCAUCAAUUGAUUCAUCAAGAAUUUUGAAGUUUUUAUUCUGGGUCAACACACAACUAAUUCCUCUGCUUAUAAACCCCCUCCCCAUUUUUUUGAAUCAGCAGCAAAUGGAAAAAUUCGUUAUUUAUCAUAUCAUAGAAUCAUGAUUUUCCUCUUCGAUAGCACAUGCUUGCACUGACGCACACAAACAAAUGCAGUCUUUAUUUCAGUGAAGUGGAGGGAGAGAAAACGGUUGGUUCGGGGUGAACUUAAUGCCUCUAUGCUGAGGCAUCAGCACAAGAAAUUGAACGUUUCUUUUCUAUAUCUAUCUACCUGCAGCAAUGUUUGGUGGUAGCCAUUGAUACAGAUACAAUGUGGCUGGAGAGCUAAAGCAGCAAUGCAGAGGUCUCAUCUCAAGGGCCAAAAGGGUGUGUUUUUCAAUCAUGUUAAGCACAAGUAAAAAGCCCUAUUAUGGCCCAAUCUACACUACAAAGUUAGAUCAACCUAACACUGGACAGAGGAGCUUGUGGCACACUGGGCUUCCUACCCAUUGCACUGUGCUUUGCAUCCACACAAGCAGACAAGUAUGCAUGUCAGGGGUUCUGGAACAAUUUUUAUAGUGAGGUGCCGAUGAUGGAAACCAUAUAUAUAUUUGGUGUCUGUUUUUACUACUUUAACCAAGGGGAUGCAGCAGCACCCCUAGUUCCAGCAUCACUGAUUCAUGUGUGCAAUAUACAAACUUUGGCAGCUGUAUAUGGACAUGCUUCAAUGGGCUUUUUCAAUUGUAUUUAACUGGAUUAAAAAUACACACUUCCCCUCCCCCCGCCCUCAAUAAAUGGCCAGUUUUCUAACCAAGGUUAGUUCAAACAAUUGAAAAGCCCUAUUAAGAUCGAACAUCUAAAGCCAUGUUAACUAGCUGCAGUAAAGCACGGAGGCAGGAGGAGAGUCUAACAUGCCUAACCAAUGCAGUUUCAAUGAUUGUAGCCUGUACCUUAACAAGGCUUUCCAGUUGUGCUACACCCUUUUCUCAUUCUAGUCACAGAGUUUAAGGGCUGGAGGGACCACCAGAUUGCCCUCCUGUCUAUUACAGGUCACUAAACACAACCCAGCCACCUCCACAUCAAGCCCAACAGCCAGAAUUAGACUAAUCUCCUCAGGCCUGUAAUAUUUCAAACUAUUUCAUGCUAGAGGCAAAGACAUACUCAUUGUGGCUCUACUGAUGCCUUAACACAGAAGCAGGGGGCUCUUGUCUCCAGUUUCCUCCAUACAACCAAGAUUAGUCAGUCCAGAAUGUUAUUUCAGGAGGAAGGAGGAAAUGAGUACAGCUAUUAAAGGAACUAAAAAAAGUGAAGAAAUCAAGAGCAACAUUUUUAAAGGGGAGCAAUUUUUAAGUGUUUCUUCUGCAAAAAGUUAUUGCUUUACUAAAAAGUUACAUGGAGCAUUCAAUAGUCCUCUGUCAAGUCCUUGUGCCAAAUUUGUAAAUUAAAUUCCAUUUAAAGAGGGAUUUCAUUCAUACUUUAAGGCAAAGAUUUUCAAGAAUAUGUUAUGUUCCUAAAUAGCACUCUUGAAAAUUAGCCUAAGUACCCAGCAAUUUCCACUGAAGUCAGUUGGAAGCAAAUCCCAGCAUCUAUACCUCAGUUUUCCCCAUAGGAGAAAUAGUAAUACCUAUUUCACAAGCUUGUCUGCACACAAAAGUUGUACCAUUUCCACUGUAAGUUUUGUAAUUGAUUUAAACUGAUAAAGCCUGUGCAUGCGCACUCAUUUAGAAGUUUAUAGCAAUGUAAGUUUGAUUCAGUAAAUUACCAAUGGAGUUAAAUCAAUAUAAAUCAGUGCAACUAUUCUAUGUUCUACCUUUGUAGAACAUUUUAAGGUUCUUGGAUGGAAGAUGCAAUGGAAGUGUAAAGCAGUAAUUUAUGCUCACAAAACAAUUCACUGACUAGCAC